CUUCCACGGAUUGAAAUGUUCCGCCAAUCGCUAUGCUUGUCUUAUACGCACCUCGGGCAAACCGACCAAUUUAAUGUUUACAAGGACGUCCGCAAUUUACCUGUUCGCUUCAAUCCCCCUCGCGUGAUAUAUAAGGCCGCGAUUCGCUUAGCGCCACUCAUAGUUUCAGUUUGCCAGCAAUCUGUAAACAUGCCACCCAAAGUCGGAUCUAAAGGAGCUAAGAAAGCCGCCACCAAGGCCAAGGCCCAGAGAACUGGGGACAAGAAAAAGCGCAGGAGGAGGAGGGAAUCCUACGCUAUCUACAUCUACAAAGUCCUGAAGCAGGUGCACCCUGACACUGGAGUUUCCAGCAAGGCCAUGAGCAUCAUGAAUUCUUUCGUCAAUGACAUCUUCGAGAGAAUCGCCGCCGAGGCUUCCCGCCUGGCCCACUACAACAAACGCUCAACCAUCACCAGCAGAGAAAUCCAGACUGCAGUCCGUCUUCUCCUGCCCGGUGAAUUGGCCAAGCACGCUGUCUCUGAAGGCACCAAGGCUGUCACCAAGUACACCAGCAGCAAGUAAACUGCAAGCAGUGGCAGUUUGAUAAAACAAAACGGCCCUUUUCAGGGCCACACAAAUUUUUCGAAAAGCUACCAUCUUUAUAAUGCAAUAGUAAACAACUGUUUCAGUUGUGUGUACUGGUUGUGUCAUUGUAAUGCUGUCAAUUUCUUAAACAGUCCUUUAAGGAAAAUAAACAAAUACAUGAAGAAAAAAAAAACCCUCAAAUACACAUACAUCAAAUACAAAUUAUGCAUCAGAGGGGUACGUGCAUGUACAAUAAAAACAAAAUCUUUCCCAAUUACAGCACAUGUGCCCGAUUUCCACAGAUUUCUCCUAUUUUCGA